CGGGCAAAUUGCCCCUGAAUGUUGGUUGACCGUGGUCGCCUUUACUCUUGAAGCUUAAACCGCAGAAACCCCAAUUCGUCUUGUCUGAGUGGGCUUGUCUCCUUUCCUUUCCCUUGAAGGGUUUGGUUUCUUUCCGUGACUCACACAUCCCACUUCCAUUUUACAGUCAUGAGUCGCCAUCCGGAGGUUCUAUGGGCUCAACGAUCGGACAAGCUAUAUCUAACCGUUGCGUUACCUGACGCCAAGGACAUUUCCGUCAAAAAUGAGCCUCAAGGGCUUUUCACUUUCUCAGCCGUUGGAGUUCAGGGCGAAUCCUUCAGCUUCUCCUUGCAACUUUACGGGAAUAUUGUGCCUGAGAAAUGUAAGACUAAAGUUGGGUUAAGGAACAUUAUAUGCUCCAUUCAGAAAGAAGAGAAAGCUUGGUGGAAAAGGCUGCUCAAGUCUGAAGAGAAACCUGCACCUUACAUUAAGGUUGAUUGGAACAAAUGGUGCGAUGAGGACGAUGAAGAGUCCGAGUCUGAUUUGGCUUCUGAUGACAAUGACACUGCGUAUGCCGGUCAAGAUGAUGAAAGCAGUGACGAUGAGGGAAUGCUGUAUCUCCCUGACUUGGAAAAGGCAAGAGGAAACUGAAACUAACAAUGUGGAAGAUGAGCUGACCAAUUAGUUGUCUUUCGGGGAAAUCUUCGUUCUCGCUAUGACCACAAAUAUCAUAAUGAAGUAGCAGAUCCUAUGGGUGCUGAGAAAGGAUUGGUUUACUUAUGAUUUUCAUGGUUGGCCAUUAACUAGAUUUUAAUAUGAUUUCUGAUAGCUUGUUGGGAGGACAUGUUCCUUUGAUGCAGAUCUUAAUCUAUGACUGUCCCUUAUAUUGA